UCCUUGAGCAAAAACUAUUUCUAUGCAAUACGGAUUGCAGACGGAAAAACGGACAGCUCUUCCAAAAAUCUACACAUAUUAUCAGAUGUCAUGAAUGCCUCAGAAGAUAAAAAGCAAAAUGAAACGUUCGAAGAUAUCCUCAAGGCUCAAGAAAAUUUGUCUUUCUGGAGCUAUCUAACUACUGAGCUAACCAGAGGUUAUGUGCUUGAGAAUGAUGAGGCACGUUACAUGCAGAAGAGGGAGAGGGUUUACACCUUCAUACGCAUCCCUAAAGAACUGGAAAAGAUGAUGACGUAUGGAUUCUUCCUGUGCAUGGAUGCUUUCUUGUUCAUCUUCACUUUCCUACCACUGAGGGUGAUCAUCGCAUGUCUACGGCUCCUCACCUUCCCCUGUUCACCAAGAGGGAGAUCUCGGUUAAAGGCAGCUGAAAUUUGUGACCUCUUGAAAGUGGUCAUCCUGGUGGUCUGCACCUAUCUACUGGACAAACUGGACAUCUCCAUGCUGUACCACAUCGUCAGGGGUCAAGCGGUCAUCAAACUCUACAUCAUCUAUAACAUGUUGGAGGUUGCUGACAAGCUCUUCUCAUCCGUCGGGCAAGACAUACUGGAUGCGCUUUUCUGGACGGCCACGGAGAAACGAGACAAGAAACGCGACCACCUUGGUAUCGUCCCUCACCUUCUCCUCGCCAUCAUCUAUGUCAUCCUCCACACCAUUCUAGUUUUGUUUCAAGUCACCUGUCUCAUUGUAGCCUUCAACUCGCACAACAGAGCAUUGCUGACCAUACUGCUUUCUAACAAUUUUGUGGAGCUGAAAGGAAGUGUCUUCAAAAAGUUUGACAAAUUCAACCUGUAUCAAAUAUCUUGUUCUGAUGUGAGAGAAAGAUACCACUACAUGGUUCUUUUGUUUUUUGUGGUGCUGCGCAACAUGGCCGAGUUUUCAUGGAGUUUUGAUCACUUUUGCAAGAUGCUCCCUGACGUUUUAAUGGUUCUGAGUGCAGAGGUCCUCAUUGACUGGGUCAAGCAUGCUUUUAUCAGUAAAUUCAAUGCCCUUCCAGCAUCUACGUACACAGAGUUUCGAGCUAGCCUUGCUUAUGAUAUGGUUAUAAGCAGAAAGAAAAAUGCUUUCUCGGACCAUUCCGAUCUGGUUGCCAGGAGAAUGGGCUUCAUCCCCUUACCACUGGCAUGUGUGGUCAUCAGGAUUAUACGACAGACAGUGAAACUCGAGUGGAACACAGCAGUAGUGCUCAUUUCAUUCCUGUACUUAUGCCUUGUAGCCUUCAAAAUCCUGCUGAGCAUCGUCCUCAUGGGCAAGGCUUGUCAGUAUGUGAGAGAAGCCGGUCUCCUGGACCGAUUACUCAAGAAGAAAUCUGACCCACCGAAGUUCACCGAGACCGGCACCUCAUCUUCAUCAACAUCAGCAGCAGCGCCGACAAAAGCCGCAUCGGAACCUCACAAGCAAACGCAAACGGCCACACCACCGACGAUAGCAGCUCUGAGGAUGCCCUCUUGUGAUCCUGGCCUGGCGCUCCCGUUGUCACCGACAACACUGCAGUCGUUGAGUUCGUCCAACCUGCUCGCGUCCGAUAGCAGCAUCAGUGUCCUGUCCAGGCACGUGGAAGCCGGAGAAGCAGUGAGGAGACCCAAAGGAGCCGUCUCACCGAAAUCCCAACCGACAGAUAUCUCAGAGAUUGACAGAUACACGUUAUGUGGCAAUAGAAUUGUAUGAGUAGAGUCUAAGAAUCAAAUGCUUCUUUAUUUUAUAUUUAAUUGCUAUUUAUUGUGUAUUACAUCUCUCAUCACUUUUGAUGUCAUGAUAUUCCACCUUUUUUUUGAAGGCCUUACAAAUCAAAACUUAUGUGAACACGUUGUAUGAUAGAGAGAGAGAGAGACAGACAGAGAGAGAGAGAGAGAGAUUGCAAAGAGAUGUGACGGUGCUAAUUUAAAUUUAUUCUCUAUGAUGUUAUUGCAUUGUUUUAUCCUUAUACCGGAAAAAGGAAUUUUUAUGAAGACUCCUUUCUUGUUUUCAUCAUACUAAUUGAAAAUAUGAAAAUGAUCCAUCUCUUUUGUAAAAUAGCCUCACAACUUAGUUGUAUCUGUGUUGUACAGUGUACAUACUCAACAUGUUAACUAAUCUACAACCAAAUGUUGUUGUUGUCAAAGCAAAUUUUAGAAUAGGAGCAAAUACAGAUAUACUACCGGUAAAGCUUUUUUCAGUGUCUUGCACUCAGAUUGAAUAGCAAGAAUGAAUACAAAAUCAAAAUCAGAUGAUGUAAACGGAAGCUAAAGGAAUAAAGCACAUGGAAAUAAUAGGCUGUGAGAGUUUCAUUGAGGUAAUCUUUAAAGAAAAUGUCAUUACAGCCCGUUUUUUUGCUACUCCAGUCAAGUUUUAUCAACCCCAAAACUUCAGCACAAUUACAUAUUACGGUAAAUACAAAUUCUAAGGCUGUUUCAUGUCAUGCCUCUCUAGGUUUAUUCUCUCCCCGCUUUUCCCACCUAAACUAUUAAUUUAAUUUUCAAUUAAUGAGUGAUAUAGUUAAUGAGUGAUAAUGAUAUUAUAAUCAUGCAUACAGUAUUGUAGAUUUAACUUCCUUAUUCACUUUUCUUGUGCAAUAGUACUAUA